AUGAUUUCAGAAGAUAGCACUGCAGUGUUGCAGUUGUUUCCCAAUGGUGGUUGGGACGUUCACCACCACAUCUUCGAACCUGAGCGAUUCCCUUAUUCCCCAGAUCGCCAUCUCACGCCUCCUCCUGCAACAAUAAGCCGCUACAAUGACUUCAAACGACAGCUUGGGAUCACCAACUCCGUCCUCACCCAUGGCCUUUCCUACGGCUCGGACUGCAGUUGCCUGACAACCUUCACCACAGAUCUGGGUCCGGAUAUUACUAGGGCUAUUGGAGUCAUUGACCCAGAGGUAGUCACUCGGUCCCAGCUUAAAGACAUGCACGAUGCAGGCGUCCGCGGUAUCCGGGUAAACCUCUAUCAUUAUAAAGCGAUGCACGACCUCGAGCGGCAAAAGGUAGCUCUGCGAGCCCACGCAAAUGCACUUGAGAGCCGUGCAGGCUGGAGCAUGGCUUUCACGCACGUCCACCCGGAAUUCUGGCCGGAGCUCAAACCUGUCAUAGCGAAUGAUGUCGUGUCUAACGGUGUUCAUCUCGUGACGGAUCAUUUUGCGUUGCUGAAGGGGGCAAGCAUGCUACCCGCUGGGUGUCAGGGGGAUAUCACCAAGCAGGAGGGCUUUCAAGCAUUGAUUGAGCUGGUACGGGAUGGACAUCUGUUUGUUAAGAUCAGUGCGCCGUACCGUGUGAGCACGGAGGCACCACACUUUGAGGAUAUGAAACCUCUCGUUCGUGCAUUCUUUGACGCCAACCCGCGACAGGUCCUCUGGGGGAGUGAUUGGCCUCAUACGCCUUUGAUGAAAGUACGGACUAGAGAAGAGGCCCUGAAGGAUACGCCGUAUCUUGAGGUGGACGAUCUGGCUUGGUUGAAGAGUCUGCGGGCGUGGCUGUCUGAUAAGGAAUGGCAUUUGUUGAUGGUGCUGAAUCCACGACGUCUGUACGAUUGGUAG